AUGUCUGGAAACCAAGAGUCUGGGAUCAGGUUACCGACUUGGCGGCGCAGCGAUUUCAAUGCUGCUAUUCCAAUCAAGAAGAGGAAGUACUUUGUGCAGCCGCAACUUCCGGCAGUGGAAGAAGCAGGCUCUUCUGCACUUUUAGAGAAUAAUCCACAGCCUAAUGAGCAAAGUGGUGAUACUAGUGUUGGUAAUAAGAGUGGUUUGGAUUCAUCUGGUGCUGAUGAAAAUCAGAAAGCGAUUGGGAGUAUUAGAGAAUCGGUCCCUUCAUUUCCGUCUGCCCCUGCGGGGAAUGCUGAUAAAGCAGAUAGCAUUGGGACUAUUAGUGGCCAGAUUAGAGUGAAAGAUGAGGAGCCUAAUUUUCCAGUCUGCUCUAGUCCUUUCACGGGUUUUGAGAUCCCUUCGAGUUCGAACAUACUUGGCAGUUCACUCCGUUCUUCUCUGGGAAAGCUUCCUGUGGGUGCUGUACAUCCUGGUGUAGUUGUCACGUCAGAUAAAACUGGGGUGAAAGUAGAACAAUCUGCUCUUAAGACCAAUGACAUUGUUAGAGGAGACCGACAAACAGAAGCAUCUUCUGGUGCGGGUACUGAAACUAAAAACAAUUCUCCAUACUGGGAGAGUGAAGAGCCUACAGCUCUGAAUUUGUCGUUAAGCAAGGGAGUUUAUGCCCCUCAUAACACAGAUUGUGUUCCUACUUGUACGAAAUCUGGAUACCACAGUGGUGUGAAUAGAUCAAAUUGGGAUUUGAAUACUACCAUGGAUGCUUGGGAAGAUGGUUUAGAUCGCAGAACUAGAGUUAAGACCAGUGGUGGAUUCUUAAACAGUAACAGUACUCCUCAUGAUAUAGAGACAUCAAGUUGUCGUGAUGCAACUAUCAUUACGAACUCUGUUUCUGAAAAACAGAAGGAAAGCGUAGGAGUUAAAUCUCCAGCGAUGACAUUGAUGAAGUUAGAUCAUCAGGUUAAUCCCAAUCCCACAUGCUCGCUUAGUCUAGGCCUUGGUUCAUAUCCUCCUAUUGAGAAAUAUCCUUCUCCAUCAGCUACCACAUCGGGGGCAAUAGUUGCGUGUACAAGUUCUUCCAGACCAGUAAUGAUUGGUGGGAAACUGAACUCGGUAAACCUUAGGAUUGUGAAGUCAGAAGUCAUUGAAGAGAGUGUUAGGCAGGAAACUGAGAGUGCUCAAGUUUGUCCAAUUAACAGGGUGAAACAGGAGGUUGUCGGUAGAAUCAGUCAAGAAAACUGUCCCUCGCCUGGCAUUUUGAAGUUAGUGAAACCUGUAGUAUCAAUAAAGGCUGAACCAAAGAGUUUCAGUCAAUCUGAAGUUUUCAAUAGUAAAGAUGGACCGUUGAAUCAUUUCCAUACACCAGUAACGCAAUCAGAUGCGAUCCUUGAUUUACCUACAAGCUCUACGCCAAACCAGAAGGAUAAAUGUAUACCGUUUUCUAGUGCCAUCCGCAAUGCACCAAUGUCCUUGAAUGGAAUGACGAUAAAUCAGGGUGUUCAGAGUUAUCCCGACUAUACAACAAACGAAAAUUCAGACCAGAGUAACAGUGCCGCUAAUGGAAAAUUACGUGAAGUGCUGAAACAUGAUGGAAUUAACAUGACUUCAUGUUCUGGUCGUGGAGAUCAUAACCUCAAUACAUCAGGUGUGAAUGUUACUUCCUUGACUGAAGAGAAAAUACGAGAUGAUUCAAAGACAUGUAUAUCGAAAGAACUCCCUGGUAGUUAUCAUGGAACUGAUGGAGUUGCUAUAAGUAAUGAAGAAAAUACUGUUUUAUCUGGUGCGGAGGAACUUCAAAGAGGAAUAUUUGAUGGACUAGGUGAAAAUGAAGGCCGGAUAGUUAAGGAUGGUGAACAGUCGACCCAUCAAAUCAUUCACGCGAGUGAAGGAAUGUCAUCGGGUGUGUCUACAGCGUCAGGCGGGAACGUUGAAAACCCUGAAAAUGUUAAUAACAACAGUCCAGUUUCAUACAAGGAAGAAAUUUCUACUAUUGACAAUGAUCCUCCUACAGAGUUCAGUGAAGGUAGUCAGAGUCGAAUUAUAAACCUUGCUCAGGUUUCUAGUAAAUCUCCAAUUAAGGCACUAGAUGCUUCAGGCAGCUUUGUGCCUAUGCAAAUGGAAAGAGAGAGAUUACCUGAUUUCCCAGUUGAAUCGCAGAGGUAUCUUUCGAGAGGGAGUGAUGAAUCUUGCAAAUUCUCGCGUGAGAGGUACCACGGCAAAGAUAUGAGAAGUCCGAGGUUAAAUUUCAUGCCUGACAGAAGGAGAUUUUCUGAUCAAACAGAAAGCAAUCUGCAUGGCAGAGACACAAAAAAUUUUGAGUUUGAUAAUCAUGGAAACACUCGUCGGGGUGGUGCUUUUAUGAGUAACUUUCGUAGAGGGAGACGGCCUGCAAAUGACGAAGGAACGCCUUUUUCCCACUCCUUUCAAAGAAGAACCUCUAACUUUUCAUUUACUCAUAGAGGAGGACCAAGAAAUAAAGAGGACACAUCUGCCUUUCCCGGAUUCAGAGAUGGUGAAAAAUCUACAAGGGGACUACAAUGUAACAACACAGAACCAAUGUUUAUGAGUCCCCAACGCCCGUAUCGAGGUCGGAAUGGUGGUUUUGCUCAAGGACAAACAAAUUUUUCAGACAACCCCAAACGAGAUUUUCUUGGAUUUCGUUCACGAUCUCCAGUUAGAUCAAGAGAACGAUCAACUGGUCCAUCCUCAUCUUUCAGGAACAGAUCACAGGAAGAGUUCGGUGGGCAGACAGACUUUUCUCACCGGAGAUCACCCUCAAGUUACAGAACGGAGAGAACAAGCUCGCCUGAUCAUGCUGGUUAUCCAAGGGACACGGUUGUCAGAAGACACAAUUCUCCACCUUACUCGCAUAGACCAUUCAAUGCUGGAAGGGGCCGAGGUUUUUCAAGGGGCCGAGGCUAUGUAAGGGGCCGAGGUUAUGUAAGGGGCCGAGGGUAUGGAAGGGUUGGCGAUUCUUUUAGGAAACCAUCUGAUCGUGUUGAACAUAGGAACCAUGGAAACCAUGGAAACCUGAACAACUUGAAUCCUCGAGAAAGGGUCAACUACAAUGAUGAUUUCUUUGAAGGACCAAUUCAUUCUGAACGAUUUGGUGUUGAUGUUAAUGUUGAGAGAAGGAGAUUUGGUUACAGACAUGAUGGGACCAAUUCUUUUAGACCAUCAUUUAACAAGGAUGGUUGUGCACCUACUAACGUAGAGAAUGACCCUGAUGCUGUGAGAUUUGAACAGGACCCGCAUAUUGAAAAUGAUGAACAAGGGAGUGAUAUGGAAAUUGAUGGACAAAAUGAGAACUCAGCUGAGAAUGCAUCUGGAGGAACUAAGAAUAUGAACGAGGAGGAAACGUCAAAGCAAAGUAAAAUUUGGCAGCGGGAUGAGCUCGGUGGUGAUGGGUUCUAG